AAUAUUUGAGUUAAAAAGUUCGCCUCAAACAUCAUAAGACCGCAAAUUGUAUACAGGACAUUCCAUUCCGAAAUGUUUAUAAUAACCGCACGGUAACUGUUUAAACGAACUGUUUUUCGUCCAAUAGCAAUUCAACAAAAGCUUAGAGAAACGCCUUCGGAGAUAGUAAAUCAUAGUCAGGCAAUCGGUCUCACCCCCGGCCGGUCCACCGGCCGUUCUAAACUAGUUUCGCACAUGUACUCACCAAUAGAUUCGACAUGGAAUGAGAAAUAAACUUUUUCUGUGAUUCACGGAGAAUCGCUAUUAGACAACAUUGGCGGUUAUUAUAAACAUUUCGGAAAAAUUUUAUUAGAAAGAUCGCUAAAUACGGGACACCUGUAUAUUUAUAGUCAGAGAACUAAUAGCUAAUAGAACAGCUAUGUAAGUAUGUUUGGUUGUCUAUACAUCCAAAUCUUAGUUCAUACGUUUAUUUAUGGUCUAUACGUAUUUUUUUAUUCCGAUUACUAAUAUGUUUUUAGCAGUAAAUAAAUUCAUACAUAUCAAAUCAAUAAUAAAAAUGUUUCAAGUACAUUGAAUACUAUUUUAUCGACCUAGAUAAACGGUACAAUUAGUUGUUCCCCUGAUUCCCAAAUUUCUACGUAUUUAUAACGAAGUUAACGACUUGGCAACGUCGAUCGCUUCACAAUUGAUACACUCUUUUGCUUAGCACACAACUUUAGAUUUCGUGUUGUUACUUAAUAUUGUUGGUAUUAACACUUAAAUAAUUAGAACAGUGUCUGCAGUCAUUAGUACAAUUGUACAGUCGAAGUGAUUAAAAAAUGUCUCAACAAAGCUUUAUUAAUUCAUUGCCUUUACCUGCGUAUUGGUGUCCCAAUGGCGGGAGUUAUUAUGGAAAAUUUACCUUAUCUCCAUGGUGUGAAGAAUACAGAAAGGUAGAAGAAGUCUUUUAUGAUUGUAUCAAAUCUAAUUAUUACAACUAUAAUAUUAAGAAUAUUAAGAGGAUACAGAAUGUUGAAUUCUAUGGAAAAUUCUUCUUGAGAAAACAACAACUGGCUUCGUACGAAUUUCCAACCUAUAUGCGUCGAAUGUUGCUUGUAUUACCAAAGGACUACCUACAUGAUGCCCUUGAGUAUAAUUUGGAUGAAAGAAUAACGAAUAUCGAAAUGCUACUACAAGAAAGUGUAAACAAAAAAAUUUCAAAGGGAUCAGUUGUGUUAAUUGUAAAUGUAUUAUAUUCUAACGAGGACGACUUAACCAUGACAGAGUGUCAUCCAUAUUUUUCAAGUGAACAUUAUAUUGAAUAUAUUAUAGAACUUCAAUAAAUGUUAAAUGUGUUAUUGUUUAUCUUUUAUACAAUAAAUUAAAUAUUUUUAAUCAUUAUUGUAACUAUUACACAUGUACAUGUAUAAUUUGUAUCUUGAUAUACACUUUAAGAUAUAAUACACAUUUUAAUGAAAAAUA